AUGACAACGUGCCAUUUGCACGUUUGGAAGCUGGCAAGGGACUCUAUCUUGCACAAUGAUGUGAAGAACAUCCUUGACCGGUAUGAGAAUGUCGUCCUUGCCUACCUUGCCGUGUCUUUCUGGCUCAUCACAGACUCUGCUGUUCAGAUUGCCCUCUUCAAUAAUGCUCCAAAUGUAUUGGCCGGAUUCAUGUUGCUGGUAGUUGGUGGCUCAACCUUCCUAUGCGUUUACCAAGCACUUUCAGUUCACUACAGCCAGAUCCAGCACAUUCACACAUUAAAGCGCUUGAAGCAGGCUACCUUCUUUUGUGGUGCAGAGCCGGACCGAGAGCAUCAAAGGAGGCUCCUAGAUAAUGAAAUAUCGUUGAUGUUUUAA